UCAAGAACGAACCCCCGCUCGUUUCAAACGUCAACGGCUGCCUGCACUAAAACGGAACCGAUUCGCUUGCGUUUUCCUUUGACAAUAAUCCGUACCUUGAUUGUAAGAUGAUUAGGACAUGGGAUCUUUAGGAAACAUCAGGAGAGAAAAAUUUUCGUUGCACAAGUUGUUGAAAUUAUUCUGUGAAAUCAGUCCGAGCAGUAUGGCAGCAGACGAUCAGGAAGUGCCUUUGGCCGAACAGCUGAAAGAUAAAAAUGGCUUCAUUAUGUUAUACUGGGCUCCAAAUUCUAAUGUUUUUUGUGCACGUGUUCGACGCCUGAUUACCAUUCCAGUCGCUGUAGAGUGCUUGGACAAGAUCACGGAAUCGCUGGAAACGGAGGGCGUGACCAUGAGUUCGGUCGAAUUUCUGGCUUCUUUUUCGACCAGCUUGGGACUUGUUGAGAGCUGUGCACAGAAUCCGUUUUGGAACAGAGAAGAAAUCAAGGUGCUCGAGGCCGUCUACGACUCCAUCGGGCGCAACCGCACCAUGGCGCAACUGCUGAUGGCCGACGCGGCCAGGACACCGUUGGGCUCGCCGUCGUGCUCGCCGGAGUUGUCGACGUCCUUCGACGCGUCGGGGGCGUCGGUCGCCUCGCAGGGGGACUCGCAGUCUCAGGGCGAGGCCGUCCGCGACCACAUCUCCGCGCUGCGCCGUCACGUGACCCCGGACAUGCGGCUGGCCAGCGUGGCGGGCAUGGCGCAGGCCAAGCAGCUCCUCACCGAGGCCGUCAUCAUGCCCAUCCGCUACCGGCACCUCUUCACAGGCGCGCGCAAGCCGUGGCACAGCGUGUUGCUGUACGGCCCGCCGGGCACGGGGAAGACCAAGCUGGCCCUGGCGCUGGCGGCCGAGGUGGACUCCGAGCUGUACGCCAUCACGCCGGCCGACCUCCUGUCCAGCUGGUUCGGCCGCACAGAGCAGAACAUCCGCGACCUGUUCGGCCAGCUUCGGGCGCGCGGCGCCACGCGGCGCGUCAUCGUCUUCCUGGACGAGGUGGACGGCCUGUGCCGGCGGCGCACCAACGAGGAGCCCGAGUCCACGCGCCGCAUGAAGACGGAGCUCCUGACGCAGCUGCAGGGCGACGCCGCGCCCUCUAGCGGCCACGCCGGCCACCUCUUCUUCGUCUGCGCCACCAACUGCCCCUGGGAGAUCGACCCCGCCUUCCUGCGCCGCUUCCAGCGCCGGGUCUUCAUCGGCCUGCCCGACAGGGACAGCCGCAAGGAGAUCAUCCGGACCCUGGCGGCCGGGGGCACGACGGGCACGGCCCCGGGCUCCGAGCUCAACCUCCCCGCCGCCGAGUGGCAGAACCUGCUGGACCGCACCGCCGGCUUCUCCGGCUCGGACCUCUCGGACCUGGUGCGGAACGCCCUGUACCAGCCGGUGCGGGAGCUCACCACCGCCACGCACUGGAUCGGCGUCGCAGGGGGAAUGUGGUCACCCUGCUCCAGCAACACCGUAGGCGCCGUUCGUCGGUUUCUACACCUCAUCCCUGCGGAAUCUGUCUGCGCACGCAGCGUCACCAUCAGGGACUUCUACGACGUGAUCGAGAGCGCCAGGCCCACGGUCUGCGAGGCGGACCUGCGACGCUACGAAGAGUUCACCCAACAGUUCGGACAGUUGGGCUAGGCCCGGCCUCUGGGCCCGGCCUCUGGGCCCGGCUGCAGGCAGCUACCAGGUCACAGACAAUAGGGAGGGACCCUAAUUUUACCAUUGGAUAUUCUAGAGACCCUAAUUUUACCACUAUUGAUUCGUUAAUUGUAGAUACCCCAAUUUUACUACACUGUUGACUCGUUAUUUGUUAAGCUGUUGUUGUUGUUGUUGUCAACACACUUCAAUUUUUUUCUUUUUUCAGAAAUACAUUAUUGUUUUCAAAUUUUAAUUUUUUUAAAUCAUGUUUCAGUUUUUAGUAAGUGUGUUUGACGGUCAAUGAAAUAAAAAAGAAAGUAAACAGUAA